AUGGCAUCUCAACAGAAGAUCGGCGAGUAUGAGAUUGAACGAGUUGUGGGCAGCGGCUCCUUUGGAAAGGCAGUCCUUGUGAAAGACAAAAAUGGACACAAGUCGAUAAUGAAAUUGAUCAAUACAACGCGGAUGACUCCGCAGGAAAUUGAAGAAGCCAAAAAUGAGGUUCAAGUUCUUACGAAGCUCGUUGAGUCCCCGUUCACUGUGUCUUACAAGGGUGCUUUUACUUCCACAUACCUCCGCGUUCCGCAUCUUUGCAUCGUCAUGGAAUACUGUGCAGGGGGAGAUCUCGGAAAGCUCAUUAAAGACAGGAAAAAACAGGCCAAGCCGUUCAGCGAGAUAACCCUCCGGACGUGGCUUUUACAACUUACUCUCGCGCUUCACUUCAUGCACAAGCAUAAGAUUCUACAUCGUGAUCUCAAACCCGCAAACGUGUUCCUCGAUCGAGACAACUACAUUCGAGUCGGUGAUCUGGGACUGUCAAAAAUUCUUGAGUUCACGCUCCAGCAAGUCCGGACGCAGUGUGGGACUCCGGCGUUCAUGGCCCCAGAACUCUGUCAGGGCAAGCCGUACCAGACCCCAGCCGAUAUUUGGGCUCUGGGUUGCAUAAUGGUGGAAGCUGCUACGUUUGAACUACCGUUCCGAGGCAUGACGUUUCCUGAACUCAAUAGGAACAUCUGCCACGCGCCAGCACCAAAACUUCCUGCGCGAUACUCUCUUGAUCUGCGAACCAUCUGCGAGUCUAUGUUGAACAAGGACCCGAAGAAAAGGCCAACAACGGAGGAUAUCCUGAGCUCGCCAGCAAUAAGGGCCGAGUAUCACGCAUACAAGGCGAAGCAUGUUCACGCGUGA